AUGUUACGCCUUCCACUUUCCACCGUGCUCGUCAGCCUUGCUGCUGUGGUGCCAACGCUAGGCCGCUUUUACCAGACGCAUGCGAAAGACCUUGAGGUGACACUUCACCCCGAACUUCCGGCUGCACCACCCUCUGACAACCCGCCCGUCUGCGGCAACGGAUGGCUUUCCGACGAAGUCUACAUUAUCAGCAACUCUUCAGGAAAGUGCGGCUCGAAUGACCUGGGACCGUGCACAGAAUGGGCAGACAAGGUUGAGGGACUCUGCAGUGGUACUUGCGUGCACGCAGUGAACGCAGGGACCGGAGAUCCUGCGAACAUGUACGGACUGUCACAUCCCCACAUCAACGGAGGCUUCUUUAUUCUCUACAAUGGAACACGCUGCGAGUCGGACACGAUGUACUUUAAGUACACUGCGCAGAGGGUGGGAAUCGGCCCGGUGCGCUAUGUGCAGAAGAUACACGAGAAGCACAUGGAGGUCUCGCCAUUUAUGAGUUUCCAAUACCUGCAUGCUAGGGGCUAG